AGCCAAUAUAUUUCUAAAAACCAAUGGCCCUCCAAACUUCUGUAAAUAUAAUAUUUUAAAAGCAUACUAGCCUUUAUUGAUUCAAUGUAUUUAUGGAUAACUAAAAAUUAACGAUUUAGAUACCAUCGUUUUUAACCUUCUCUCGUGUCACGAAUAAGAUUUAAAAGCACCGACAAGUUGGCAGCACUAUUGCAAUGGCGUUCAAAGUGCAAUUACUUUACUUAUUGCUUUUCGGCUAAAAACUCCUUGAAAAAUGCCACUAAAAGGCAUAAAAGUAUUGGAAUUCGUGGGUUUAGCUCCUGGACCAUUAUGUGGCAAGAUCCUUACCGAUUUUGGAGCCACCGUGACCCGCAUCGAUAAGGUUCUUGAUAACCAAUUAGAUGUACUACAGCAAGGAAAACGGACUUUAAGCCUGGAUCUGAGGAACCCGAAGGGUCAGCAACUAGUUUGCCGGUUGGCAAACAAAUACGAUGUGCUUAUCGAACCCUUUCGACCGGGUGUUAUGGAGAAACUAAACUUGGGCCCAAAGGAUUUGUGUAAAGCCAAUCCCCGCCUGAUUUACGCCCGUCUCACGGGUUUUGGCCAGCAAGGAAGAUUGGCACCACGGGCUGGUCAUGAUAUCAACUACGCGGCAAUAUCGGGAGUACUUUCCAUGUUGGGCAGGCGGCAUGAGAAGAUCACUGCACCUAUUAAUCUUCUUGCCGAUUUCGCUGGGGGAAGUGUAAUGUGCGCACUGGGAAUUUGUCUUGCCCUCUUGGAGCGCCAUAAUUCUGGUAAAGGACAAGUGGUAGACGCAUCAAUGGUCGAGGGAGCUGCUUAUGUAGCCAGUUGGCUGUUUAUGUCUCGAAGUCUCUAUAUUUGGGGAAAGGAGCGGGGUAACAACCUUCUCGACGGAGGCUCAUAUUUCUAUGAUACCUACGAAACGAAAGAUGGUCUCUACAUGUCUGUGGGUGCCUUGGAACCGCAGUUCUUUGAGCUACUAAAACAGUGCUUGAAACUGCCCGAAGAUCUCUCCCAAUUUGGUGAAGAACAUCAGGAUAGGGGAAGGAAACUCCUUACCGAAGCUUUUCUUUCCAAAACCCAAGCGGAAUGGUCACAGAUCUUUGAGGAUGUGGAUGCUUGUGUUUAUCCAGUGCUGGAUUACCGGGAUGUUCACAAUCACGAUCACAAUAAGGAGAGGCAAUCGUUUGAGAUGAUUCAGGAUGCGCCUGUUCCACGUCCAGCUCCACUGCUAAGUAGAACUCCGGGAAGGUUGGCCAAAACAAGUGAUGAUAAGCAGCUAGAAUUGAUAGAUGAAUUGGAUCUAAAACCACAGGAACUGAAGGACUUGUUAAAUUCGGGAGUACUUACACUUCCAGAAAAGGCCAAAUUGUAGGAAUUUCCCAAAAAAAAAUAAUUAAAAAACCAGGAUCAUAUUUUAAAUAAAAGACUUUAUUUUUUGUUGCUCUUGCAUUCAAAAUUCUUUUAUUCUUGCUCUUGCACACAGACACAUU